GCCGCGCGCUGAUUGGCGCUUGGAGGUCUUAGCGGCUGAGCGCCGGAGAAAAGGCGGGCUUUGAAAUCUCCCGCCGUUUUUUCUUUCUCUCCUCAGAACCGAGCACCCCUUCUUCUUCUCUUCCUUCUCCUCCUCCGUCUGCAGCCAUGCCUUGCUCCGGAGCAGAGCCCGCGUGCAGCCCCAGCAAGCGGCCCAAGCCCUCCCCGGGCCCCUCCGAGGAGCCUCCCGCCCAGAGGCUGCGCUUCGCUCGGCUCUCCGAGAACGCCUCGGCCCCUUCCCGGGGCUCCUCGCGGGCGGCCGGAUACGACCUCCAUAGUGCCUACGACUAUGAGAUUCCUGCUUCAGGGAAAGCCGUCGUGAAAACAGAUAUUCAGAUUUCUCUCCCUCCUGGGUGCUAUGGCCGAGUAGCUCCUCGGUCUGGAUUAGCUGCAAAUCAUUUCAUAGAUGUCGGUGCUGGGGUUAUUGAUGAGGAUUACAGAGGAAAUGUUGGAGUUGUGCUAUUUAACUUUGGGAGGGAACCCUUUAAAGUUAAAAAGGGGGACAGAAUUGCCCAGCUCAUCUGUGAACGGAUCUACUAUCCAGAGCUUGAAGAAGUCCAGGUUUUGGAUGAAACGGAGCGUGGCUCAGGAGGCUUUGGAUCCACCGGGCAGAAGUGAGAGCAGUAACACCUCUUCAGUUGAAUGACUUCCUCUUGUCUUUGCAAAAAACAUACUGGUGUAAAUAAAGGUUUUUCUUUUCUACA